ACAGCGACCCCCUAAAGUGCUGUUUUGCCGAAGAGAACUACCGUAUAUUUCAAGCUCAAAUAUAACCCAGUUCACUAGCCAUGAAGUAUAUUUUAGCCGUCCUAGUUGUGUUUGUCUCUGUAUUUGGUUAUUUCUUCUGGUACCAUCAAGAUGCAGAUUUGACUCUUCUCUUUUACGAGAAGUUUGGUCGUGAACCAUGUUCUGUUCUUGAUGGUAAAGUAGUGUGGAUUACAGGAGCUUCUAGUGGGAUUGGUGAAUACUUAGCUUAUGAAUUAGCCCAAUGUGGAUGUAAACUGGUUCUUUCUGCACGAAGGAAGCACGAGCUGGASAGAGUCAGGGAUAAAUGUGCAGAAAUUGCCAUCCAGCACCAUAAAUCGUAUGACAAGAAUAAAGACAUACUAGUUCUGCCAAUGGAUUUGAAGGAGUUCUCAUCCCACAGGAACCUUAGCCAGCAGGUUUUAAGUCAUUUUAAACAGAUAGAUGUACUCGUGAAUAAUGCUGGGCGCAGUCAAAGGGGUUGGAUGAAAAAUAUGCCAUUAGAAGUGGAGCAGGACUUGUUGGAUCUUAAUCUUGUUGGAACAAUGUCKCUGACCAAAGCUGUUCUUCCUCAUAUGCUKGAGAGACGAGCAGGACAGAUUAUUGUUGUCAGUAGUAUCAUGGGGAAGUUUGGUUUCCCUUAUGAGAGUACCUAUGCAGCAAGUAAAUUUGGUCUUCAUGGUUACUUUAACAGUCUUCGUUUGGAGUUGGCAGAUACAGAUAUCAAUGUGCAAGUUGUCUGCCCAGGGCCCGUCAAGUCUAAUGUAGCUGCUUAUGCUAUUACUGAGGAAAAAGAUAAAGCAUUCAAAGAUACUGAUGGUUACACUGAUCAAGGGAAGAGAAUGCCAACAGAACGCUGCACCAAACUGAUGGUAGUUGGUAUGGCUCACAACAUGAGUGAAAUAUGGAUUUCCAUUCAACCAGCUUUGACAUUCACAUACAUGUCUCAGUACAUGCCAACUGUAUUUGACUGGUACAGCAAAGCCAGGUUCCUUGACAUAAUGAAGGCUAUGUUUAUUAAGGACUAGUCUUGAGAAUAACACUGUUUCAAAAUGAAAUAGAAAAUGUGUGCACAUGCUGGGUGCAGUUACAAAGCAUAAGGGAGAGAGAGAAGUGUUAUGAGAAGCAUGACGUAUAGCAGAGCGCUUCUCCACACUUCUCUAGUGUUCAGUCAAUUCCCAAGUGCUUUAUUACUCCACACAGCACAGCAAGCAAGUUUUUUGAUUGUUUAUAAAAUACGAAUUAAAAUGACCAUUAUUUUGGAUUGGAAUGAUGCAACUGAAAGUGCACACAUGCUGUGUGUGGGCUCUCAUAAAGCACUCGCUCCCAACCAAUCAGAAUGCGCGAUUWAUUACAGUUAUUUUAUGUGUGAUAUUUUUGGUUAUUUACUUUUCAUUCUUUUUCAAAAUGCAGUCAAAAUAAACCGUGUUUUCUUCAUAAAAUGUUCUAUACAUGGAAUAUUAAUUCAGGGAGAGGUGUGGGAUGGCAUAAAUGUGGUGGACAAAGAAAGGUGAAGGGGAAUAAUUUUACAUCAAGGGGGUUGCUUUUCAACACUUUUACAAAGAGCAGUAGAAAGAAAAAWUAAACCGGUUCCUUAACCGUUUAUUCGGUAGGGCACAGUGAUUGAUUGAAGGCUGGGAUGGGGUUGGAACAGACAUUGAUGGUGCAAAUCAGGAGUGAAGGGGCAUUGUCACUAAUAUUCCACUAACGUAAAGGGAGAAGAGUAAAUAUAUUAUAGCAAAGUUACAAAAACUAACAAACUGUCUCGUAGAAAUGAGUUGCAAACGAUUAAAAAUUCAACUAAUCCGA